CAGAACAGGUAUGUGCAGCAGGAGAUAAAAGCCUCUCGUCACAAAGGAUAGUGUAAUCGCUGAGAGAAGAGAGGAACAUUGCAGACAUGGCGUACUUCUUCUUGUCCGCAGAGACAUGGACCCUGCUGGCUGCCCUCGUCACGCUGCUGUUUGUGUAUUCCUGCUGGACCUAUGGGACAUUUAAGAGAUUAGGCGUCCCUGGACCCUCACCUAUCCCAUUUUUUGGCACCAUGUUGGCAUAUAGAAAGGGAUUUUUUAACUUUGAUGAAGAGUGUCAUAAGAAAUAUGGGAAAAUGUGGGGCAUUUUUGAUGGCCGUCAGCCCGUGUUGUGUAUCACUGAUCCUGCUAUGAUAAAAACUAUCCUGAUAAAGGAGUGUUACUCUUUCUUCACCAACCGCAGGAAUUUCCGUCUGAACGGGCCGCUGCAGGAUGCUGUGACAGUUACAGAGGAUGAUCAGUGGAGGAGGAUCCGCAGCGUCCUUUCUCCCUCCUUCACCUCUGGGAGACUAAAAGAGAUGUUUGACAUCAUGAAGCAGCAUUCAGCGGUUCUGAUCAGCAGCAUGAAAAAGAAAGCAGAUAAAGAUGAACCUCUAGAGAUGAAAGAGUUUUUCGGACCCUACAGUAUGGAUGUGGUAACCAGCACCGCCUUCAGUGUAGACAUCGACUCUCUCAACAACCCCUCAGAUCCUUUUGUCACAAACAUCAAAAAGAUGCUGAAAUUUGACCUUUUCAGCCCCAUCGUCCUCACUAUUGCCGUCUUUCCCUUCAUGAUUCCCAUAUUGGAAAAAUUGGAGUUUUCCUUUUUCCCUGCAUCUGUGACAGACUUCUUUUACGCUGCGCUACAGAAGAUCAAGACUGAUCGAGAGACCAGCAAGCAAAAGACUCGAGUGGACUUCCUCCAGCUAAUGAUCGACUCUCAGCAAAAUAAUGACUCCAAACAGGAUAAAGGUCUGACAGAUCAUGAGAUCCUUUCCCAAGCAAUGACUUUCCUCUUUGCUGGCUACGAAACGACCAGCAGCUCUCUCACUUUCUUGUCUUACAAUUUGGCAACAAACCCUCAGGUGAUGAAAAAGCUGCAGGAGGAGGUGGAUGCAACCUUCCCUAACAAGGCUCCUAUCCAGUACCAGGAACUAAUGCAGAUGGAGUAUCUCGACUGUGUCAUCAAUGAGUCUCUCCGAUUGUUCCCCAUUGCUUCACGUUUGGAACGUGUGGCCAAGGCCAGUGUGGAGAUAAAUGGCUUUGUGAUUCCAAAAGGUAUGGUUGUCAUGGUCCCCACCUGGCCGAUGCACCGGGACCCCGAGAUUUGGCCUGAACCAGAGAAAUUCAAACCUGAGAGGUUCAGCAAGGAAAACAAGGAGACAAUUGAUCCGUAUACCUACAUGCCUUUUGGAGCAGGCCCGAGGAACUGCAUUGGGAUGCGAUUUGCUCUGGUUGUGAUGAAACUUGCAAUAGUGGAGAUCCUCCAGAGGUACAGCUUCUCUGUGUGUAAGGAGACCGAGAUCCCCAUUGAGCUGGACAUCCAGGGUCUGCUACAACCAAAACAACCAAUCAAACUGAAGCUGGUGCCACGUUCUUAACCUUCUCAUCUAAGAAGAUGACUAUUCUUCAUUUUAAUCUUGAUGUUUCUUGCAUACAUAAACACCAUGUCAGUUUUUGUACUACCUACCUGUACUACCUUAUUUUGUCUGAAGGUGCACUAAACACUCUAUUUAAUUUCUUUUUUUAAUUUUCUGGCAAUUUUUUCAUGGUUUAGGCUUUAAAGCAUUAGGAUAGAUCCAGUAAAGACAAAAACGUGGCAGUCAGGCAUUUAGCCCUUGUGGACGGUCAUUGUUUAGUAUGGGCAAAGAGUUUAUGACAAUAUACUGUAAAGAAUAAUCAGCAAUUUCUAUUUUUGUCUAAAGCAUGUAUCAAUUCAAUUCACUUCAAUUCAAUUCAGUUUUAGUUAUAUAUCACCAAAUUACAACAACAAUCACUUAAAAGGGGAAAAUCCCAAUAAUCAGACAAGCAAGCACUUGGUGACAGUGGGAAGGAAAAACUCCCUUUUAACAAGUGGAAACCUCCAAGCUCAUGGAGGGCCACCAUUGGCUAGAUCGGUCUGGGGUGAGAGGAGGAAAUGCAAAGUCGUAUAUGAACAAGAGGUUACGGGAUCCUGGAAAUAGCUGAAAUCUAUAAAAUCUGAAAAGUGCACAAUCAUAUUUCUCUGUCUUGAUUAAGCUCUUGAAUUUCAGUGUUAUAUCCGUCCUACUGUAACUAAAAUACACCAUGAUUAGACCACAAAGUUUUACAGUAUUAUGUUGCAUUAUACCCUUUAAUUCUCCAAAGAGCUGAUUCCAAACAUCACAUCACUUCUCGGGUGUUUUCAUAUCCUCUCGGAGCGCCACCACUUUUUUGUCACAGCUCAAUAAGGAGAGAUCACUUGGAGGAUUUGAACAUGAUUUAUGGAGCUUUAGGAAUUAAUGUAUUUGUCGAUUAGACUCCAAGGACCUAUUAUGACAGAACUGGACCAGAGUAAUGAUAACUCUACUGAGAUUGACAGCGUGGGAAAGUCAUAGAGCUGCAGAGAACAGAAAAGCAGACUAACACCCAGGAAACAGGCAGAUGGCUGAUUACAGAGCUUCCUUAUUAAAUUUACGCAUAAGCUUCAUUUCGUGGAUCAUGUCUACGUGUAACAAUGUUACAGUCAUUUUGGCUUUUGGCUCAGAUACCUGAGUUUUUGAAUUUAAAUAGAAAAGAACGUUCAUUCACUGGAAAAGUUAUGUUUAGUUGACUUAGGAAAAUGCACUCAAAGAAAACCACAGAGGACGAGCUGUGUCUGUUGCAAGAAUAGUUUAUUAAUGAACAGCAGGGUUAAUAAGAAUAAAACAAACGAAAAAUGCUCCUCCAGGAAGAUAAGCAGCAUCCACACCCACUCUCUUCCUCCCACUCUCUCGGCUUUUUUAGAGCUCUCACAGUGAAGAGAUGCCGUCUCCCAAAUAUGUUUAUGUAUCACCUUUCCAAAAAAAGUGUAAUUUAACAUGUGUAAAAUUAAAGCCUUUAGAUUAA